UUCACGACCUCAGCAAUGGCUCUGAGCGUUGAAAUUUAUGUUUGAUGUGUGAAAAUUUUUAACUUGUGUUUCCACCUCGUUGUAAGACAUCAGCAAAUUGUGUGUUAUUCAUAUCUGAGUUGUACCUCUUUUAUUCCGCCUAGCUGGAGGCAGGGAAGCUCUAAAAACAGUGUGCGACUGAGUGAAAGCAGAUGAGGGUCAAGUGGUAGCCCUUCCGAUAAGGAAAAUGAAAUUCCGUUCCAUUUUAUCUUGUUGGAAAAUAGACCUAAUGAAAGUAUGCAAGAUAGCAUGGGGCAGAUCACACCUCAGGCAGACAGAGAUGGCAUGCAUGAAAACAAGAAGUAUUUGACUUCUCUGGAAAAAAGAAACAAGAAACUAUUGUUCCCUUUUGAACUAUAUAUAUACCUAAGCAGAAAAUUAUAUCAGUCAUUAUCUUGUUGAAGUAGGAAUGCUCAAUGUGUGACUGCCAAACUUAGGAAAUCCAAUAGACGUCUGCGCAUCUUGUGAUAACUUCAAUUUUUGUGCUCAAGGAAACAUUUUUUGAAACUCAAAUAUUUAGCUCAAUUAAAGUAAACCUCUCAUUCCAUCUCAGCAUAAGCUGUAUCCGGAUGUAUUAGAGCAGCGCAUGAAUGUCUGUAAUUUCUUCUGCUCUUUCAAGCCACAAGGCCCCUCCCCAUAUCUCACUCCCACUUCUGUCAUCUUGCAGAAGAAGUGGGGAAAGUCAUUAGGCACAGAAAGGGGAGGAGAGAGCAAGUGGUUGCUAUAGCCAUGAAAGUCAGGGCUGAGCUCCACGCCACAGAGAACUGGUGAGAGGACACCACCAGGGAGUAUCUGCACAGGGAGGACAAAACGUUUUCAGCUUAUCAAGCUGAAUAAACAAAUGGCUGACUGUUGGAGAUGCUAGGUGUCAUGAAUGAGGGCUGAAAGACUUUUGAAAGAUCAAUAAAUCCAGAUGAGCGUCGGUGGAGCUUUAACGAGAUUCCAUGAAAUUCAUUUAAAGAUGACAACAACCAUCUGGAGCACAGGCAUUAUUUCUCAUCGUACACAAAGUGGAGGAUUUGAGAAAAAACUGAGAACGAUGGGCAAUGCCAUGCGAGGAGUAAUCGCCUUCAUUCCCUCCGAACGCUGCCAGCGCUACUUGGUGGGAGACCUGAAGGAGAUGCCGCUGGACCGAACCCUGGAUCUGAGCGGCCAUCAGCUGCGGCGGCUACCUGUCACCGUCUGCGUCUUUGACGAGUUGGUGAAGCUUUACCUGAGUGAUAACAACCUCAGCAGCCUGCCUGACGAACUGCAAGGCCUGAGGAAUUUGCAGCUACUCGCACUGGACUUUAACUGCUUUGAGGAGCUCCCUGCAGCCAUUUGUAGAUUGCACCAACUCACUAUCCUCUACCUGGGCAACAACAGGCUGCAUCGCCUUCCCAGAGAACUAAGAGAGCUCAAGGAACUUAACACUCUGUGGUUGGAGACUAACUGCUUCACCGAUUUUCCCAAGGUAGUUUGUGAGCUUACGAAUCUUAAGACACUGCACUUUGGUUACAAUCAAAUACGCAGUUUGCCAAAAGACCUGAGGCGACUGGAGGAACUAAAAAGUAUCUGGCUUGCCGGGAACCUCCUGACAGAGUUCCCUCCAGAGUUGCUUGAAAUGCACUCUCUGGCUGUCGUCGAUGUGGAUAGGAAUAAAAUACGACAAUUUCCGAACCUGUCUCACAUGCAGGGUCUGAAACUUGUCAUUUAUGACCACAACCCCUGUGUUAAUGCCCCUAUAGUGGGUGAGGACGUCAGAAGGGUGGGCCGCUGGGCUGACAAUUCAGACGACGAACAGGAAGAUGAGGGAACCAAAGCACAGAGCGAGGACACAACUGAGAUAGCAGAGGUUCCCUCAGAGGAGAAGCAAAACAAUUUAGGGCGUGAAGACCAGGCAACUUAAGUGGAGGCCGAAAAGCGGUCUGUCAUGAGAAGCAUGCUUCCGCUGCUUGGCCAACAUAUAGAGAGGACUAUUGCCUCAGAGUAGUCCUAAAUGUUACCUGCAAGAGAAUUAAUCACAAUUUUGGAAGUGGAAAAGUUUUGUGUGCCUUAAACUAUUAGGAUCGAUGGACAAACAUACACUCACUGCCCGGUUUAUUGGUAUUUACUUCUGUCUUCAGAGCUGCCUUAAUUUUCCCUAUCAUAUAUUAAACAAUGUGUCUGAAAUAUUCCUCAGAGAUUUUGGUCAAUGUUGACAUGGCAGGCAUCAUGAAGUAAAUUUCUCACUCUACACAUCCGAAAUGUAUUCUUGUGGAUCCAGAUCUGGAAGACAUUGAAGUACAAGGGACUUAUUGCCUUAUAAAAUAAAUGUGUUGAGAUGCUUUGAGUAUUUUGACAUGGUGCAACAUCAAAAUUAUCUUUUUUUUUUUUUGUUUGUUUUUGCCGAAAGGGAUUUUGGCAAAAAAAAAAAAAAAAUCACCCCACCUCUUUUUUCCAAAAGCUGUUUAAGGCAAAAAAACAAAACAAAACAUAGAUAGGUGGUGAUUACCUUUCUGAGCCUCAGCAAAUUGUCUUCACCACCCUUAAUUUGGUUGUUAAUUGUGUUAACAAGCAAUUAAAACUGUGUACCUAAUAAAGUGGCUGGUGAAUACACCUUGUUAACAAUUUCAACAAAUUCAAUGUUUUUAGUGAAAAGGUUUGACUUCUUUUAUUUUACAGUGGAAGACAGUAUUUCAAAUUAUUUUAACGGUAUUUAUAACUGCAAGUUUGUAGUUUUUCUUGCAACAUUGUCUGUGUUUGCAGGACAGCAAUACAUAUUUUUCUAUUACUCUAACUAUGCAUGUUGCUGUGCCAUCUACUAGCUGAAAAUCCAAUCACAGUGAUAUUAUCUCGACUUGCUUUGUGAAGGGGUUUAACUCAAAGAUAGGAAGGCACAUAAAAAUGAGUUUUAUUUCUAAAAUAACUUCUGUACCUGCUGAGGCUAAAAAGAGUCUUCAGUACAAGUGAUGGAUAGUCUGAGUCGUAGACUGCACUCAUUAUCCAGGCGAAUGCAUAAUUCAUUUGAUAAAUUAGGACUGUGGUUUGGAAUAAAGGCCACUAAUGGGGCUUAAUAUUGUCACCCAAAGCUUUGGGUUUUGAAGAGCCAAUAAAUGCAUGUUUGUAUUUCCUCAUAGUGCUGGGAAAUGUUGUCUAAAUGGAAAUAAAUGCCCCUCUGCACAAUAGGAUUUAAUGUGUUUCAGACUUGCCUUUAAUGAAGCACACAAAAAGACAUUAAAAGGGCUACAAAUCCUUCCUUAAUCUAGGAACAUAACCAUUUAAAAUUUAGGACUUCUGUAAUUCAACUUUUUUCUCAAUUUUGUACUUAUGUAGAAACUUACAAAAUAUUUUCUUCUUUCAGCGUGUGUUUAAUUUGCAAACAAGACUUUAGCGUGUAGCUGCAUUAUUGUUGAAGGAAAUAAAAUGCACAUUCUUCACACUAUUAUGGUGUAGUUAUAUUGCUAUCAAGACUUACAGGCUGUUUGAAAUUAUUAUUUUUGAACUUGAUUCAUGUUUGCAAACUCUUUUUCUCUGUGUAAAUAAAAAAAAUGUUUGUCUA